AUGGCACCCGCCUAUAAAUUUGCGCUGAUUCAAAUGCAACCAAAGGUCAUCGACCCGGCAGCAAACUUCGCAAAAGCAGAAUCAGAGAUCCGCAAGGCCGCGGAAAAUGGCUGUCAUGUCGCCGUCCUGCCAGAAUACCACCUGACAUCCUGGGUGCCAGAGCACCCAGACUUCAUCGCAUCCUGCGCAGAAUCAGAAGCCUACCUUCCCAGGUACCAAGCCCUGGCCCGCGAGCUGAACAUCAGCAUAGUCACCGGGACGAUCUGCGAGUCGCACCCGGCCAGCGCGCACGCGCCGCCCCAGCCGCAGGACGACAACAAGUCCAGGGCCGCGCUCCUGGCCGGCAGGGAGCUGCGCAACAUGGCGCACUUCGUCGCGGCGGGGACGGGCGACCUGGCCGGGAGCUACCAGAAGAAGAACCUGUGGCACCCGGAGCGGCCGCACCUGAGCCCCGGGCGCCACGAGCCGCACGCCGCGUUCGACACGCCGCUGCGCAACGCCGACGGGUCCCCCGUGCGCGCGGGCCUGCUCGUGUGCUGGGACCUUGCGUUCCCGGAGGCGUUCCGGGCGCUUAUUGCGGAUGGCGCGCAGAUCGUGAUCAUCCCGUCGUUCUGGCUGGUCACGGACGUCGAUGAGGCGGGGCUCGCGCUCAACCCGGACAGCGAGAGGGUGUUUCUCGAGACGGCCGUCGUGUGCCGCGCGUUUGAGAACACGGCUGCUGUGGUGUUUUGUAACAAGGGUGGGUGCAGCCAGGUCGCCCUGCCGAUUGUGGGGAAGGUGAGGAAUGAGGGUGGUAAGGAGCUGGGACUGGACGAGGACGGGACGGUGUAUGCUGAGGUGGCCCUCGAUGUCUUGAGGAUCGCUGAGGAAAACUACAAGGUGAGGGAAGAUAUCAAGGGCAAGGGGUGGCACUAUGGGUAUGAGCUGGUUAAGGACUAG